UCAUUUUCAUCUUGGAAAAGACGUGCAAGAAGCGACUACACAGCCACUGUGUGUGAUCUUGCAAACUUGGAAAACUUAUUCUGAAGCAUCUCAGACCUGCUUGCAAAUCCCGUGAAUCGUUAUCAGUCAAUACAACUUAUACAAGUGACGUAGGAACAACAACGAUGAGACCCUCAACAGUGGUACUCGUUUUGUUGCUUGCUGCCUUGACGUGCAACGCAGCACCAGGAAAGAAAGUGGCCGAAGCAAGGUCGGAUAUUGACCAGAGCCGCUCCAAGCGCUCGCUGUUGAACUUCGGCGGAAUGAUCGCCUGCGCCAUUCCCAAUGUAGGCAAUCCGGUCACGGCCGCAUUGCGCUACACGAACUACGGCUGCUGGUGCGGUGUGGGUGGCUCUGGACCCACUGUGGACAAUAUAGAUGCAUGCUGUAAGGUACACGAUGCCUGCUAUGAUGCCGCCAUAAACCGUGGCUGCUCCAAUCCCAAGUUCGAAGGCUAUCACUGGAACUGCGAUGGUGGCGACCCAACCUGCGACAGUACAUGGUGGCAACGUUUUCUGACCGGCGAAAACACACGCUGCGAGAAGGAGAUCUGCAAGUGCGACCUGGAGGCCGUUGCUUGCUUCAGUGCCCACAAUCAUGCGUACGACUCUGGCAACAUCGCUUAUAUCGACCGCAGCCACUGCUGAACACACUCUGUUUACAUGUACUUGCCCACCAGCUGCACGCUCCUCACAAGUCAUCAAAUCUACAUUCCACAGGUGUUAUGUGCUGGCAGGGAAUUCCCCGAAUAAUAUGUCAUUGUGUGUGUGUGUGUGUGUGUAUUCAUCAUAAUUAUCGUUCUGUAAGCUUUGUUUCACAAAAAAAUUAUAUUUUGCUUCGCAAUUAAACGAAUACAUUUUGCCGGGGAAAGGCGGGGAUAUCUCCAGAAAACGCAGAUGAAAAAGGAAGCUUUCUUUCAAGCUUCAACAGUUUCCAUUUUCACCUACAAGAACCACCACAGGUAUAGUCUCUGGCGCAGCCGCAUAACUCCAGCCUCAAUUUAGUCAUCUCACAAAAUCUUACAAGAAUGUUUAAUAGUUACAACUCGUGACAAUUUGGUCCUUCUUCUACUGCGAAAUCUUCCCACAGUAUUAUGCACUUUCCUGGAGGCAGCCUAGCCCAUGUGAGCCGGUACAGCUCUAUAUCGCAUGUUUCACAUUACAUUGAGUAGUUUCAGCAACCUUCCUCAUUGUAGAAUGGACCUUGCCAACACCCAGCUGAGCGUGUAGAUCAGAACAUGUAGAAUCGCCCUCUCAUUCCUACUCCCCUUUCCAUUUGCUUUCCUCUCUCUUCUCUUUCAUAUCCCUCCUUUCACUCUCUGUCUCUCUCCCUCGCUAUCUCUCUCACUACACCCGCUCUCUCUCUCUCUCUCCCUCUCUCUCUCUCUCUCUCUCUCUCUCUCUCUCUCUCUCUCUCUCUCUCUCUCUCUCUCUCUCUCUCUCUCUCUCUCUCUCUCUCUCUCUCUCUCUCUCUCUCUCUCUCUCUCUCUCUCUCUCUCUCUCUCUCUCUCUCUCUCCCCCUCUCUCUUUCUCUCUUUCUCUCUCUCUUUCACUCUCUCAAUCUCUCUCUCUUUCCCUCUCUCUC